AGGAACCUACCUGACACUUCCUGCCCAUGAAUGUUUCGCUUGUUUUGGCAGUGUGAUAUCUGUGUAUCUCUGCCAUGUUUGUGUGCAUCUUUCGCAAACGUCUUUUACAUUUAUAAACAAAUAACAUAGCUCUGACGCUCUGGAAUAAUAACCUGACGUGCUGUAUUGGAUUAUAUGCGCAGUUGAGCCCGUUUAAUGGAUGACUGGAGGCAAAACGUGAUUGUUUCUUCUCAUUGAUCCAGGAUCAUACUGUGCGGAGAUAUAAGGUAUGGAUGAUUUGUCAUAUGUGGGGUCUGGCUGAGGGCUGCUGUUGCCCGGCGUCUGAACCCCAUUGGCUGAUUCUCCAGUAUGUACCGUAGAAACGGCCUAUCGGAUGGCACCAGCAUUAGCUCCGCCUCCUCUGAGGGAAGUAACAGCUCCGUGUCUGUGGACGGCCCGAGCGCUGACUACGCAAAGAGCUACGAUGCCGUCGUGUUUGAUGUGCUCAAAGUGACGCCAGAGGAGUUUGCAAGCCAAAUUACCCUGAUGGACGCCCCUGUGUUUAAGGCCAUACAGCCAGAGGAGCUUGCUAGCUGUGGCUGGAACAAAAAGGAGAAACACAUUUUGGCUCCUAAUGUUGUUGCCUUUACACGGAGGUUUAACCAGGUGAGCUUCUGGUUGGUACGGGAAAUCCUGACCGCUCAAACCCUGAAGAUCCGUGCCGAGAUCCUGAGCCACUUCAUCAAGAUUGCAAAGAAACUUCUAGAGCUGAAUAACCUUCAUUCUAUGGUGUCGGUGGUGUCAGCAUUGCAAAGUGCUCCUAUCUUUAGACUGAGCAAGACCUGGGCGCUGAUCAAUCGGAAGGACAAGGCCACGUUUGAGAAGCUGGACUAUCUGACCUCCAAAGAGGAGAACUAUGCCAGGAUGAGAGAGUACAUCCGCUCCCUCAAGAUGGUGUCCUGCAUCCCUUACCUGGGGAUCUACCUGCUGGACAUGAUUUACAUCGACUCGGCCUAUCCCGCGUCUGAAAGCAUCAUUGAGACUGAGCGGAGAACCAAUCAGAUGAACAACAUCCUGCGGGUGAUCUCUGACCUCCAGAUGUCCUGCACAUACGAUCACCUCGUGACCCUCCCGCAUGUGCAGAAGUACUUGAUGUCUGUUCGCUACAUCGAGGAGCUUCAGAAGUUCGUGGAAGAUGACAAUUUCAAACUGUCUCUGAAAAUUGAACCAGGGAACAGCUCGCCACGCAUGGCCACAUCCAAAGAAGAUCUUGCAGGUCCGUCUGAGUUGUCUUUAUCGGUCAGGUAUAAUCGACGGCCCACCUGUCCGGACGCCACCGUGGGGGUUCAUAUUGCCACCCCGCCACCCUCACGCCACAGGAAGAGCCACAGCCUUGGAAACGCUAUGAUGUGGCAUUUCGGUGUGGUGGAGAGUAAAAGUGCGACGUUCCCCAUAGAGAAACCACGUCACCUGCUGGACGACAGCUUCCUGGAGUCCCAGAGUCCAGCGAGGAACAACCCACACAGCUCAUCCGUGUCCAACGGCAUCUCUAUAGGCAGCAGUCAGAGUUCGUUCUGUGAGGAUCUCUCUCCGGGGCUCGAGAGGGGCCGCAUGUACGCGACUCUGGGCCCUAACUGGAGGGUUCCUCUCCGCAGCUCCCCCAGAGGCCGCAGCCAUGCCCACAGUCCGUCAGUAGCAGAGUCCAGUCUGGCUCAUGGAGAGUCGGGUGGAGUCACGAUGGAGGGGCCACUGAAGAGGAAAACCCUGCUGAAGGAGGGCAGGAAACCCAAGCUUGCCUCGUGGACGCGGUACUGGAUCACACUUUGUGGUUCCACUCUCUUAUUCUACGGAUCCAAAGCUCUGCGAGCCACAGAACGGAAACAUUACAAGUCUUCACCGUGUAAGAAAGUGUGUGUUCUGGGCUGGAUGGUGGUGCUGCCGGAUGAUCCGGCUCAACCCAACAUCUUCCAGCUCAACGAUCCUGACAAAGGGAAUGUUUACAAGUUUCAGACUAGCGAUCGCUUCACUGCGAUCAUGUGGCACAAACACCUGGAGGAGGCGUGUCGGAGAAGAAGACCUCAGAUACCAGCGAAUCUCAUGUCGUUUGAGUAAACGGACGUGUGUAACUCUUGCCUGAAGACAUUUAUAAGGUUCCAAAGGCCUACAGAGAUGGAGAAGAAUGUUUGGUUCAGCAAAAGGAUGAAAAAGAGCAAAAAUCCUUCAUUACUGACGAGUCCACGGAGUCUAACAUCAAGAUGUCUGUUACAGAGCCGGACGUGGAGGUUUGAGCACUGUAUGUGGAGGAAGGGACGUGAAUUUGGCCGUUCCAGCUCCAUCGUGUCUUUUCUAUGGAGACUUUUGGAUCUCAAGGUGUUUGUGUGGCUUCAGUGAAGUACAUUGUGAGAAUUAAAUGAAACAGAAGUUCGAGAUGGGCAUUUUUGUGGUGAUAUACGUGAGUUUUAGAGAGAAAGAGAAAACAUGUCGCCUGUAGCAGAAGAAUAAAAAGCCAAACUAAUUUGCUCCUACAAAGAGCCGUAACAAACAAACCACAGCUGGAUCAGGAAAAAAGAAGAAAAAAGACUUAAAGCAGCUAAUGAUACUCACUGGUUAAGAGCGGUUUAGUCUCCUUCCAGCAGUGAUUUCUAUUUCUGGCUAAUGUUAUGAUGUGAUGAUGCUGGUUGAAGGAGGUUUGUGAGUGUGACUUGUUUACAUCAGAGAUUCUGAAUCCACUUUCUGUUUUAGUCGUUUUAUACUCAUGAAAGCUUGUUUUAGGCUUUAAGUAUUAACUAAUUAUUAGGCCUUUCCUGUCAAAUGAAGGUUUUGCUCACAACUUAAAUCAGUUGAAAUAUGUAUAGGGUUCCAUGUUUUAACUGGAGAAUACAAUUUUUAUAACACGUAACACAAUCACUAUUAAAACAAGAGUUUAUUUUCCAUUUAGCCCAUCUCAUAAAAACAAGAACUGCUUCUUUUGAUGUACGCUAUCUAGAAAUCCUAAACAUUCAUGCACACUUACUGGGCAACUCUCACAAAACCUGUCAAAACAUUGUCCACGUCAUAUCUUACCCCAAAAGUGAAUAGAAAGAAAUAAGCAGUAAUAUUUUGCUUAAAGAAAGUUAAGCUUAUUUUUAAGGUAUUUAAAGCCUAUUUUGUAUUUUGACAUUAUUUUCAUGACAAUUAAGCAUAUUUAUCCCUAAAAUUCUUAUUACUGUAAUACAAACAAAAACACCUAAUUUAAAUUUUAAAUAUUUAUACAUCACGGUCAUAUUUAUUGUACUGCCUUUAAUUUAUGUUUAUGGAUUUUAUUUUAUUUUUUAUUAUUAUUAUUGCACUUUUUAUAUUUUAAUACAAUUAAACUGUGCUUAAAAUGUACUUGAAAAUAAAGUCACAAGCUUUAAAAAAAAAAAAAAAUAGGUAAGAACAGACCGAGUUUUCUUUAUGCAAAACAUAAUUCCUUAUAUUUAUCUUUUGAUUUUUGGUGUGAAAUGUGAUCUGGAUAUGUUUUGUGAGAUUUAUCUUGCUGUCACAAGCAUCAACAGGGCAGUUGCAUGUCUGCAGCCUGAACGAGUAUUGAUUUAGAAGAGAUAUCUAUUCUUUUACGUCUGUUUUUAUCAGUUUAGCUGUAGAUGUGAAACAUCUGAACACAGCGAACAAUGCUGGUUUAGUGGUUAUUUGAGAUGAGAUGCUCAUUCAGAUUGAGUGCACUGUACUUAUUCCUCAUUAGUUCUGUGCUGGACUGAUGAUUGUACUGAUGUUUGGCGAUAAUGUGUGUGUUUUAAGCACGUUUGUCUCUGAAUGAAGUUUAACUCUUAUAGAGCUGCGCCGCGUCUGUCACUGAAGGAGAAACGACUGUCAGUCUGUAAAACUGAACACACAAACCACACACAGCAUCUCAUCCACUCAGAUCAGCUUCAGAAACCUGACACCAAGCAGAGCUAGAGGAAACCAUUCACCCCAGAAUGACAUUUCUGUCAUUAUUUACACCCUCUUGUGUUUGAACCAGUUUGAUGAUUUAUUUUCAAAGGAGCACAAAAUGAAACAUUUGAGAGUAUCGUCAUGCAACUUUUUCCAUAAAAACAACAGUUAAACCCCCCCAAAAAAUCGAUUUAAAAACACUACUGUCAUCCAAAUCAUGACUCCAGAAUACAGUUUUGCAUAUACUUGUACUUGAAAUAAUACUAUUGCUGUUAAACGAUUAAUCACCAUUAAUUGCAUCAAAAAUAAGUUUUUGUUUACAUGUGUGUAGGCCUAUUAUAUAUAAACAUGAAUACAUGCAUGUGUAUAUUUUGAAAAUAUUUACAUGUAUUUACGUCUAUAUUUAUAUUCAUAUAAUUUAUAUAUAAAUGUUUAAUAUAUAAACAUAACAACAUUUUCUGAAAUAUAUACAUGCAUACAUAAUAAAUAUACACAGUACACACAUUAACAAAAACAUUUUAGAUGCGAUCAAUCAUGAUUAAUGAAAAUAUAUAAAAAAUACAGGUUUGAAACAACAUGAGGGUGAGUAAAUAAUGAUAAAAUGUUGAUUUUGUGAACUGACUCCUCAUAGUGAUCACUAGUUCUGUGUUGAGAGUAUUAUUUAUCUAGCAUCAGUUUUGCCUUUCUGUAUAUGAAUUCAGCUUGAAAUAGGCCACUGUUUUUGUUGAAGAGAAGCUUUUUCUUUCACACAAGGAUGUCAGAGCGAAACACACAUGUACAGCUGCACUGCAUGCAUGUUAUGUUUGUUUCUGCUGGAACUGUGAAUGAACUUUCAUUGUGUUGACAUGUAAAUAUGUUGCUAAAUUAUUUCUUGUUUGCCAUCGUGGUACAUUGCGGUUUAUCAGCUAAAAGGCUGAUUCUUCUGUACAAACAUUAAAUGCCAGUGA